AUGAAACAAAAAUGUAGGAAAGGAGAAAGCAAGUUAGUUGUGUGGAACCAUGUAUCAUGUUCACAUCGAAGAAAAAAAAACUGCAAAGAUGUUGUUUAUGCCGACGAGCAAGUUCAAGGUGUACGAGCUACGGCUACUCCGCCUCGUCCGGUGCAUGAGUCACGUUCGCCCUGGGCGCCAAGGUAGUGCCGUGCCUUCGUUCUAUGCGGCCAAUUCGAAAUAAUCAGACCUGUACGAUGAAACUUCCCGCCCCUGGAGGGAAGGGAAGUCGUGAUAAGGGCCUGGCGCCCAGAUGCGCUACCAGAGGUAGACGCAUCAAUUCUCGCAAACUAAGCGGCAAAACGCCGCUGCUCCUGGUGAGUAAUGUAGGGCGGCGCCUGCAAUCCAGCGCGCGACCCCUCGCCCCUGGUGGGUGUUCUCUUCUUGAGGACGAUCCCAGCUCUGGAAGCUGGAGCGCACUGCACUAUGCUCCUGGCGAGUGAGACGGCGGAGGGCCGUCCGCGUGCUUGACCUGAGCAGCACAGCACCACACCGCGCCCGACCAGUCCGAGGCGGGCCCUUUAGUGUGCUGCCGCGUCGUGUGCAAAUAGGCCCGGCAUGGCGCGCCCCUCCCGGCGGCCUUGUGCCGUAUUGGUGGAGGAGGCGCACCGUCGUAAGCCUUACCGCCUCACGUAGUGCGCAGCACGCAGCCGGCGGCACUUGCCGAAGAUUGGCGAAAACGGUGGGGCCUGCGCUAUUCUGGAAAGCCUAGCCUGGGCUGGCGCCCUCAACCCCCUGGCGGGGCCGCAAGAACGUUUGCGGGAGGCGGCGCAAGAGGCGGCGGAGGCUCCGCCUGCGUGACCCGCCGCCGCCACAGCUUGCGCCCUACGUUCUGCCCGUCCGGCAAUUGCCGGAUGUCCGUGGAGCCGCUCCGGAAGCGCAACUCCCUACGCACGUAGCGUAAUUAUUCUGUGUCAGUGCGCCCGGUGUGCACCCUCUGAAUAAUGCUGCUAUAAGGAGCCAGUGCUCGUCGAAGCAGGGCAGCACAGCGCGCCCAUUUCCCUUCAUGCACGCUGCUCUCCUUCUGCUUCCACGACUUGAGGCCGUGUGUCGCGUUGCAGGGUUUUCGCACGUCCUGCUCCCACAGCCGUGCUGUCAGACGGAUCAUCGCAAGUAUAGCCUGGUCAAAGAGCGAGCGCCGCAUCUGUUUGAAACAAGAGCGGAUCAUAUACAUACAUACAUACAUACAUACAUACCUGGACGAUGAAACUGAAAUAUGAUAGCGUCCACCUCCUCAGACUCAGUUAUGCAUAUGUUGCAGCCACCUAAUACUUUUCAAAUAAAGUUAGUUCUUGCGCUAGAAGUAUAAUAGCAGAAGAACUCAUUACUGCACGAAAACUGUAAAAAAUAAACAUACAUACAGGCACGCGCGCAGUUGCGGAGCUGUGACCAGAAUGUAUGAUGUUGCGGAGUUUGAACAAGAACGAGGCUUUUUCCAAGAAAUCGUACGGUCAUGCACGACGGUCACCAGCAGGUCCUGAUCCUCUAAGGGCGUCAUCCGUAUCCGCGUCUCAAGCAAAAAACUGACGCGACCGGUUCUGGCAAGAAGACCAGCAGUGCAGCCUGGAGGUGCAGUUUGAUGCUGGGCCAGCGUUAAUACAUACAUCAAGAAGUAAUACUAAUACCUUUCACAACCGCAGCAGCUGGAGCUACUUCGUAGCUGAAAUAGAUUUGGUCGAACGGGAAUCUUAUCCACUGCAAAUAUCCACCCUGGAUCAUCAUGUCUGGAACACAGCAACUUGUCAUGGAAAAUCCGAACCAUGCAAAAAUCUGUGUUGCAUGAUUACCCAAAGCGUUCCAUUUUCGACCAAGUUACGGCGAGGAGGUUUCUCAUGCAGGAUAGGCACCACGAUAGAGUUAGAGAUCGCACAGACUCUGUCGCGCUAGGUCCUGCAUAACUCAUCCAGACUUCACGAUGGGUCAUGGAAAACCUGCAUGACAAAUCGCGCAUUCUUCCGAUCCCAGACCACAUAUUUGCAAUGCAUAAGCCUGUACCUGCCAGCAGGUUGGGUGUCUACAACGGACGCGACCGCCGCAGCUGGAAUAUGAGGAUGCACAUCAUAGCUCCUCCUCCCCCUCAUUUGUAUUAUGCAAAAUACAACUAGACCCAGCACUUCUUGCGUUGAAGGACUCUCUGCAUUAUAUAUAACAAGCGUCGGUGGAUCCUCAAACAGUACUACAAUCGUCCAUGUGCUGCACCAACUGUGUCAUGCGGAAGCUGCAUUGCUGCCGUUGCUUGUGUUGCAGUACUCAUUCCCUUCAAAUGAGUGGGUGGGGCAGUUCAGUUGUGCGCUCUCAUAUGGAAAAGAACAGGUCCAGAAUUGCUGAUGGAUUCGUGAUGUUGUCUCUCUUGAUUUUCAAUUCCGAUGUGGUUGUGAGACUGAGAAUGAAGACACCCGUUCUACUAGCCGUUGGACGAGAUACAUAAGUACAUGAAAAAGAAAAAUGCAGAGUUGUGUACGUAUAUUACAAAAAAUAAAAACAGUACAUCAACUUCUACGGCGACGAUCAUCUACAACUGUGGUAGGCCCAACCACAGACAUCCGUCAAUUUUCACGUACUAUUUGUUUUUGGUAUCUGUAAAAAUAUUUAUAUAAUGGAUGUUGUUGCUGGUGCCCGCCGUGCAGCCUUCGUGUCCGUUUGCGCCAGUUCAGAUUUGUUUCUUUAGAGAUAGAUUGUCGAGGAUAUCGCAGCAAACUCGCUUAAAGUACAUUUCGUUCUCGAUCUGCAGGUUCGUCUCAAACGUGAAUCUUCUGGGGUGUUACGGCGCAAAGAAGUUGGUUUUCGAGAUAACACCGAGCGGGAAAAUAUGUAUUGCGAAUUAUGUGGCCUCUUUUUCUGGAAGAUCGCUACAUUUGUCAUGCAUGCAGGUAGAUGAGUUGUCGUAUAGGAUGAAUUGCACCCAAAUACGUAUUAAGAAUCCAGCAGACCUUACAUCGUAUCGUAUUACGAAACCACGAAAAAAGCGAGGAAAGCAUUUCAGCAGCUAAUUUCUUCAAAAGCGAAAACGGCGGACCUUGUGCCGUAUUUGCGCAAAAACGGAGGCAAUAGCAGAGCAGCUGAAUUGUCACAAAGCGAAGCAAUUCAGCGCAGAAAGACAAAGCAGCCUAUCUCGGUCGAUCGGGCAUAUACGGCGUAUUUCCCGGCAAAAGCCAUUGACAAGUUUUACAGGCGCCUUCGAUAGAAGCGCUCGCCUACCAAGGCCGGUAACGCGGGAAGCCUGCGCCUGCGCGGGCGCUAGGCCUGUGGCGCGACGGGCCGUGUGCGUGCGUGCCGAGGUUUUCCGCAUAGCAGUAGCACUGCUUUAAAGCAAAACCGAAAAUAGGCAGCGCGCGCGCCCUAAUUUCGCAGGCACGGCAGCAUGCGAAAAAGGGCCCGGGGGGGGGGCGGGGGGGGGAGGCCGCGCGCAAGCGUUAUGGGUUACGCCAGGCGCGAGGCGUGCCGAAGUAGUUAGACCGGGAGGCUUGCGGCAAUUUGCUCGGAACGCUGCCCCGUCACACGCGCAACCAUGGGCAUGGUCCAUGCCCAGGGCCCGGGAGAGCAUUCCUCGGCAGGACCCCCGCGAACUGGCUGCGGUAGAACGCAGCACGUGCAGCUUUUUACCCGUUGCGCCAUGCUUUGGGCCCCGAACAAUCAAGCCUGCGCGGAUCACAUGAUAAUCACGUCCGUAGUCACGUGAUAAUCACAUGAUUUUUGCGGUCCAUAAGCCAUCUUGAGUUGUUUUCAUCACGUGAUAAUCACAUGACUAUCACGCGAUGACAACCCCGGAAAGGCGACUGCUAAAGUUGCAAGAUAUGACGCGCCCCCCGUCAUACGUCAAACCCAAAGCGGCGAAACAGUAAGGAUUCACGAAGAAAACGGAGCAAAGACGAAAGUCGAACGCAUGAGCUAUAUUGUAACAAUUCAGAUCGCGCCAGGAACUGCGCAAAAAAAAGUCAAAAAAGCAACUCAGCAUAGGACAACUCAGAUUACUGCAUGCAUGUCUAACAUGACUCGAGAAUCAAUCUGUGAUGCAUGGGCGCGAAGAUGUACUUCUAUCUGUCAUUCCAAAGAAGCAAAGCCUGUCUGUCAUUCGGAAUACGCAACCCAGGAGCUCAAAAAUUUGUCAUGUUUGGCUGCGCGUUGCAGCGUGCCUAUCAUUCAUAUAUCAUUUUUAGCAUUGCAACUUUCCAGACCCAGACAUAUUCGCAAUGCAUAUUAGAAAAUGGAAAACCGGCUUGACUUGUUCACCGUGGUCACGGACCGCUUAUG